AUGCUUUUCCAUGCCAACCAUCCCCCCACCUUUUUCCUCGCACGCCCUCCAAACGCCCACCCCCAUUAUCCUCACACUGCUGCUUCCAACCACGCUCCUACGCCUCCUCCCACUCCCCGCAACCACCCCCAAUCUCCUACCACCUCUCGCGCCCCUCCCAACUCCCCUUCGAAUGCACCUUCCAGCCCUCACCACCCACGUGCCUCCACCCCCCAUCCGCCCCUGCCCCUGCCAUUUUCCCCCUCCAAGAAGGCUCGUGUGUCGACCCAGAAGUCCAAUUCCCCUUCCAGCAGUCCCCACACACGUCCUGCGCCUCCCAAUGCGCACCCAGCCCGGUCACUCCCGCCGGCUAAUCGCCCUCCAAGCCCACCAGCACUGCCUGAAAACAGCCACCACCCAAACAGAGUCCUGCACCACCCUGACUUACCACCUGAACGCCGUUCUCCACCUGUUUUUUCACCUGACCGUGCGCCUGACUGGUGCCAUGGGCCCCCUGGAGCUGGUAGCAGUGGUAACUCUCAGGUGAAAUCUCAGGCGAGGUUCCGUGGCGACCAAGCGGGCUCGUGUGAUCUAGAUGAUCCGAGGUGGCAGGAGGAUCUGCCACGUGGCUCAACAAAAGAAGGGAGAUGUGGCGUGGUGAGCGCUGAGGCGCAUGAGUGGGAGGAUGACGUGGCAGAUUACAUGCCAGCUGGCUCACCGAAAGAAAGGGCACGUGGAAAGCAGGGAGAUGAGACAGGAACCAAAAGGGAUGACGUGGCGAAGCAGGUGGCAGCUGGCCCAUCAAAUGCAGUGACAUGUGGAACGGAAAGCAGGGAAACACGUGGGGAAGAGAUGGAUGAGAUGGCAGGCCAGGUGCCAGCAAGCAUCCCACGUGGCAGAGAGGGGCAUGAACAGCCCCUUAGCCAGGUGGCAGCAAGCAGUCCACGUGGCAGGGCGGAAACUGAAGCAAGGCCAUCCCCUGACGGAGGGUCAAAGGGGGGUUUACCGGGGAGAACGGGAGGGAGAGCGGUGCGACGGGGUUGUGGAGUGGUGCGGGGAGGUGUGCUGGUGAGAGUGGGAAGAGGGAGGGGGGUAGGAGGGCGAGGGAGUGGAGGGAGGGGGGUGGGAGGAAAUGGUGCGAUGCGAGAGAUGCCGAGUGGGAGGGCUGCAGUGGAGAGGAGUGCGGGGAGCUCUGUGCUGGGCAAGCGAUCAAGGCGCGAGGCUGGCUUGAACGGGCAGGAGGAAGGCAUGGGAGGGGAGGAAGGAGGCAUGGAGAGGCAGGCGCAAGAGGAUGGGGCGAUGCCCAAAGAGGGGCUUGGAGGAGAGGCGGGGCGGGUUACAGCAGGGGAGAGGUUGGUGGGUGUGCAUGUGAUAUCAGCGAAAGGCCGUCAGGCGGCGGUGGAGCCAAGGAACGGGCAGAAGGAGGGUGGUGAAGGAGAGGUGGGGGCGGUUAACGAUGUGGGGAUAUCAAUGGGUGUGGCGGAUCAGGUGAUUACAACGGGGGAGAAGCUGGUGGGCGUGGAUGUGAUUGCAGGGAAACGCGGUCAGGCGGCGGUGGAGCUAAGGGACAGCCAGAGUGAGCGUGGUGAAGGGGAGGUGAUAUCAGUGGGAGGAAGCGGACAGGCGGCGGUAGAGGUAAGGAAUGGGCAGAAGGAGAGUGGUGAUAGCGAGGUGGGGGUGAUGAAAGGGGGGGAGAAAUCCGUGGAUGGGAUGGCUGGAGACGGGCAGGAGAUUGAAGGGCGGAUGGAGGAGAAGGGAAGGGCGGAGGAGGCCAGAGAGGAGGGUAGAGGGGAGGUUGAAUUGGGGAAGGAGGUAGGUGACGAGGAGAAAAUAGGGAGAGAGGAAGGGGGAGGGCCAGGGAAGGAGGCGGAAGGAGGUGAGGGGGAGAAAGGGGAGAAGCAGCAAGCGGUUGAGGUGGAAACAUGUGGCAGGGAGGAAGGAGAGAUGGACGGUGCAGAUGGUGUGGGGAGGGAGAGGGGUGAGAGGAGAGAUGGGGAGGAUAUGGAGGUGGGGGAAAAGGAAGGAGGGAAUGGAAAGGAAGUGCGGGAGGAGAGGGAAUUGGGGGAUGGGAGGGAAGUGGGGGAUCGGAGGGAAGUGGCGUCAACUCAGGGUGAGGGCGGUGAGUGCGGGCAGGAGGAGAAAGGGAAAAGCGCGCUUGUGCCUCUCGAAACUGUUGCAGUCGACACUGCUGCAGUCGACACUGCUGCAGUCGACACUGUUGCAGUCGACACUGCUGCAGUCGACACUGCUGCAGUCGACACUGUUGCACCUGACGUCCCUGUAGCAGAUGCUUCCCCCAAGAGCACAUCUGCUGUCAACGCAGCUGUAGCAGACACAGGUGCUGCCGAGACAGCUCGAGCAGAGGCAGGGGUGGAAGCAGAAGGAGCAGAGGGGGCAGAGGAAGCAGUGGGAACAGAAACGGCAGAAAGGGCAGAAAUGGCAGAGGGAGUAGAGGGAGGUGAGGGUGUGGAGGGAGGGGGGGCUGUGGGGCCAGAGGGGGAAGAGGGAGCAGAGGGAGCAGAGGGAGCAGAGGAGGCAGAGGCAGGAGAGAGAGGGGAGGGAGCACAAGCAGCUGUAGUGACAGGGAUUGCGAGUGGGGAAGGAUCAGGAAGAACCGAUGAGGGAGCAGGGGAGGUGGCGAUGGCAGAUGCAGAUGCAGAACCACACCAACGCCUGCUCAUCACCGACCUUCAGCAGCAGCAGCAGCAGCAGCAGCAGCAGCAGCAGAAUGGUUACACUGCUGCUGCUGCUGUGCCUGGCAGUGCCAGCACCACUCCCCCCCCCUCAGACCACAUACCCAUGGACAGUGCCUCUCUCACUGCCGCCCAGGGUCUCACCCGUGCCACACGGGAUAUCAUGCUGGCAGAGCGGCUGCGUCUGGAGGAUCUUAUGAAGCACCAGCAGGCUGCCACGCUGGCAGUAGAGCGCCAGCUGGACGAUGAAAUGGAGCGCCAGGUGGCGCUGGUGCGGCAGCGGUUUGAGAGGAGGAAGGUGGGAGUGAGAGCGAAAGGGGCGGCAGAAAUGGAGAGGACAAGGGAGGCCAUAGGGAUGGUGGAUGGUCAGAUUCCGCUGCUGCAGGCUUGGCAGGCGAAGUAUUCAAGUGGGGCGGGGGCAGCAGCCUCGGGAGCAGCAGGUUCGGGAGCAAGGGUUGCUGGAGGUGGUGCUGGAACUGCUGGGACUGCUGGGACUGCUGGGGCUUCUGCAGGUGGUGCGCAUGCCAGUGGUGCAAGGGUUGCUACAGGUGGUGGUGUGGGGGGGAUGGGUGAGCCCUUAACCACAGCAACGUUGCCUGCAGCAGGACUUGGCACUCGAGCAGCAGCUGCCGGCACACCAGCCACCGUCCAUCCAGGCAGAACGAGCAUGCGAGCGGCACGGAGUGCUGCAGUGAGUGCAAUGAAUGCGGCCAUGGGUGCAGUGAGUGCUAGCGUGAAUGUGUCUGCAGUUGCCCCUCACCAAGACCCUGUGACGCCAGCUCCUGCGUCUGCUGCUGUUUUCUCAAGCCAGCAAGCGCUGAUCCGGCAGCAGCAACAGCAGCAGCAGGUGCCGAUGCAGCAGCAGCAGAAUGUGCAUGUGCGUGCACACAUGCCCUCUGUGCCACAUCCUGUGCAGCCGCCACAGCAAUGGCAGCAGCAGCAGCAACAGCAACAGCAGCAGCAGCAGAACUCACAGCUAUUCACAGUUUCAGGAGUGAAUCGAGUGUUUGCUGCACCUCCUGCUUCCAUGUCUCCUUUGCCUGCUCCACAUUCCCCUUCCGCUGCCACUGCUGCCGUUUCCCGUGCUGCUGCCGCAAUUUCUCCUUCUGCCCUCGUCGCUACAGCUGUACCUAUUGCACCCUCUUCUCCCGCUGCUCUCUCACAUGCUCUCCGCUCACCGCCCGCAACGACUUGCUUUCAUGCACCACCAAGUUUCUCCUUUCACAUCCUCAUCGGUGCCUCUCUUCCCCUCUGCCAUUGCCCCCCACAUGCAUCUCUGCCUCCUCUCUACCUCUCCGCCUCUCUACCUCUUUGUCAUGUGUGCAUUAUCACAGCAGGGGGCAUGGCAGCACAGGUCAUUCUCAUUGACUCAGAUGAUGAUUCUUCUCCUCCUUAUCCCUCGCUCUCCUGGCUCUGUUUCCUUUCUCGUGAUUCUCUCUUAUCCACCUCUUCCCUCCUCAACGAGCCACUUCUCGCUGCUGCUACGUCCCCCCCGUCCCCCCUCUACGCGCCAGAAUUUAUGCUGCUGUCGCGCCCCCUCUCACUCCCUUUCCUUCUCACUCCUUCCCCCUCUCCUUACCCCUCUCACUCUUUCCCCCUUUCUCACGGGUCUCACCAUGUGGCGAGUGGCGGGGGAGGGGAGAUCGCCUCCAGCUGCGUCAUUUCAACGGGGGAUAACUUUCUUGAGGACGGGCUGACAGACAGCAGCGACCCGCAAUUCACCUUCUCCCACCUCCCCCCUCCCCCCGAUUUCCCCCCUUUCAUCCUCACGCCCUUCCCCACGCCUUUCCCCACGCCCUUCCCCACGCCCUCCCCCAUUCUCCUCCCGUCAGCUGCCGUGUCCAAGUUCGACAAAGUCCUCAAGAUCGCCCCGUCUCGCCCCGACACCCUCUGGUGGCUCGACAACGCACACACCCCUUUGCCCCCCAUUCCUCUGCUCUGCUCCCCUUUCAAAAUGCUCCUCCCCUCUCUUUCCCCACUCUGUCGUCAGAUGCCAUUGACAACAAAUGACAUUGAUGUCGCAGCUACCCAGGGGGCUGUGGUGCUGGUUUACCAGGUCGAGGUGCCGCCUGAUGUCGCGGCAAAGGCCAGGGAGAAGGGAGUGGAUAUGCGGGUGUCUUCGCUGCUUCCUGACUUGAAAGCCGGCCUUAAAACGGCAAUGGAAGCGAAUCUAGAGGACCAGGACUACCGUCCUCUGGGGAAGGGAACUGUUGAGGCGUUUGGUGGAGGUGUGGAGGCAUAG